AUGGAGUCUACGGAAGACGAGUUCUACAGCAUUUGCCUCAACCUCACUAGCGAAGAGAUAGCUAACCUCGGCGGCUGCAACUACAGCGCUGAAUUCGAGAAUGGCGAGUUGUUGGAGAAGGUCGUGUCUAGGGUCGUCCCCAUAUUCUUUGGCUUCAUCGGAAUCGUCGGCCUCGUCGGUAACGCGCUGGUGGUCCUCGUCGUCGCGGCUAACCCUGGCAUGAGAUCCACCACGAAUCUCUUGAUCAUAAAUCUUGCCGUCGCCGAUUUGCUCUUCGUGAUAUUCUGCGUUCCGUUCACCGCCACAGACUAUGUUAUGCCGCGAUGGCCUUUCGGGGACUGGUGGUGUAAAGUGGUCCAGUACUUUAUCGUAGUGACGGCGCACGCGUCCGUCUACACGCUGGUUCUGAUGUCCAUAGACAGGUUUAUGGCCGUAGUGCACCCGAUAGCCUCCAUGUCAAUACGCACUGAAAAGAAUGCGUUGCUGGCGAUCGCCUGCAUCUGGGUGUUGAUUCUUACCACGGCAAUUCCGGUGGGGAUCUGCCACGGGGAGAGAGAGUACUCCUAUUUCCACAGGAACCACUCUUCUUGUGUCUUUCUAGAAGAGCAGGGUUAUAGCAAGCUGGGUUUUCAAAUAUCUUUCUUUUUAUCUUCCUAUGUGAUACCUCUGGCGCUUAUUAGUGUUUUGUAUAUAUGUAUGUUGUCGAGACUGUGGAAGAGCGCUCCCGGCGGUAGGGUAUCAGCAGAAAGUAGAAGAGGGAGAAAGAAGGUCACGAGAAUGGUAGUAGUCGUCGUGGUGGUGUUCGCAGUGUGUUGGUGCCCGAUACAGAUAAUUCUGCUGGUGAAGGCGCUGGAUGCGUACAAUAUCACGUACUUCACGGUGACCGCCCAGAUCGUGUCCCACGUGCUGGCCUACAUGAACAGCUGCGUCAACCCAGUGCUCUACGCUUUCCUCUCCGAGAACUUCCGGAUCGCCUUUAGAAAGGUCAUGUAUUGCCCGCCGCCGUACUCGGACGCGAUGGCGAGAGCCCAACCCACGAAGACGACGCGAACCGGCAACGGCAACUCGUGCCACGACAUCGUGUGA